AUGACUCUCGAUUCAUCGUCUUUGCUGGACCAAAUAGUUGCAAGGAUCCUCCGUGAUGGGUUUUAUUGCGAGGGGAGCGCUGCCAUUGGGCCCAAGGUUGACAGGAUGAUUGAGACGGGACUACAAUUCAAGAGCGAAGAUGGGCUUGAAUUUUGCAAGUUCCACACUUUUGACAAUGAGAUCAUCCGUGCUGCCAUUGAGUCCAUUCUUUCACAGUCUGCUAUGGGACUGUACAUGGCAUUUGGCUAUGACACAGAACACACCUUCUGCUUCUUGAGUCAUACAAAGCCGGAUGUGCAAGCAUUGAUUGUACAUCUCUGGAGUAGCGGCUCGAAGGUCAUUUUCUAUAGGGCCUCCCAUCUGAAGUCGCUCAGGCCGAAAGCUGCAGCGAAUGGGUUACUCGAGAUUGAAGACAAUGCCCUUGUAGAUAGUGCUGUUGAGCCUAUCGAAGUUGACCUCAAAGAUGGUGGAUUUGCUAUUGCUGACGCUCGACUGGGCUUCAAAUUGUUGCGGGGUCUCACCAUCACGAUUGGCUUCGCCACAGAAUCUGAACUUCGCAGUUGGGCAAAGAUGACAUUGCCCAAAUCUGAUCGGCUAAAAGAUAAGGUCGCAUUGAUGGACACACCUAAAAUCGGUACGAACUUCGAAUUCACGGAUCUUCCCGUUGCCCCAUAG